AUGGACCAGCAGGCAAAGGACCAGAAUCGAGCGAAGACAUGUCGAUAUUUUGCCAAUGGUUUCUGUAAACGCGGAGAUAACUGCUGGUUCAAGCACGUCCUUGGGCCGUCGGACAAGUCGAAAGGGAAAGGGAAGGAGAGGGAGUCUGCCGAUGCAGACUCAGAUGGGGAGCAAUACCUCUGCUCGAUUUGCUUCGAGACUCCAGUGACGUUUGGACUUCUUGCCGGAUGCAACCACGUAUUCUGCAUCACCUGCAUCAAGCAGUGGCGAGACCCAGCGGCGAAGUCAGUCGACGUUGUAACAUCCGGCAACACCAAGAAAUGCCCAAUGUGCCGCACGCCGUCGCAUUUCAUUACGCCUUGCUCGACCUUUAUCAACCACGGGGCACCGGAGAAGGAACUUGUGGUUCAAAACUACAAAGACAGCAUGUCUCGGGUCCCGUGCAAGUAUUUCCAGCAAAGCAAAUCCAAGCCGGAGCGAAUGUGUCCCUUCGGCAAAGAUUGCUUCUACAAGCACGAGAACGACGAUGGCACGCCGUAUGUCUUCACUGAAGGUGCUGACGUUUGGCUGAGGAAAUGGGCGAGAAGGAACUCUCCGAGGAGGCCCAGGCUCUUUGACUUUGACGACGAUGACGAUGGUGAAGGGUUUGCAGAGUUUUUUCCAUUCUCUCUCUCUCUCAAUUCAAUCCCUCUAUUCGACCUUAUUCCUUCCAUGAUGACGGGAAGACCCCAGCCUCGCAUCGUUCCUUUCGGGGCCGCUAGGGGAAACCCGAGUCGCGCACCUGGUGGGGGAAUCGCAGACAGGCCUCCAGAGGACGUUGAAGUGACUCUUGGCGGGAUGGACGCUAACAAUCGAAAUGAUGACACGGUGUCGCUCCAGGACCUGGAAAGGACUGUAGACGCACUGGGCGACGCAUUUCAACGAAGCACCUCCCUGGCCCAGUUGGCUGCUGAGCUUCGUGCUCUCCGUGACCAGGCCGCUAGGCUUGUCGCUUCCAAUGGGUUGACAGCAAAUCCGUCCACCAAUGAUGCAAAUCCGACGCCUGGUGCUCAAGGGGAAGGAAACCGACGACGGAACCGGGUUGCAGAAACGGAGACCGAGGCAGUGGAGCGCUUGGGGAUUCUCGCUGAACAAAUGUUGACCUCUGUCAAUGUCCUCAGGACGGGCCUUGUCCCAGGGACUGUUACAACGGGCGAAGAUCGCGCGGGCACACCUCCUCCGCUUGAAGCCGUGGAAGAUGAUGCCAGUGCGGAUGAGGAUAUGCCCGAUCUCCAAGAAGUGUCCAGUUCCAGCGACGAUGAUGCGUACAGCGAUAUAUCGUCAGGAGAAGACUACGAAUCUGAGUCAGAUGGGGAUGAUAUCAUCAGGGAACUGCUUAGAGAUGUUAUUGGGGAGGGAGGCUUGGGAAAUCGUUCAAGUCGGUUGACGGAUGAGGAGGGUGAAAAUAGAACGUCACGAGGGUUGCCCAUGCUGGGCAUUGUAGGGCGAUCGAACUCAGCGAACGAGAACGACAACGAUAGCAUGCCUGAUCUCGAGCCCAUAACAUCUGACUCAGAGGAUGACGAUGCUCACUCACCACCCAGGAGAACGAGCGAACGCUCAAGGGAUGUGGGCGAGUCAACGUCGACUGCAUCGCCUGCUUCGGGGCCGAUCUCGCAAGAGCCUUCAUUACCCAGCGUGGUACCUCCUUUCGUGACGGAUGGACGGGGUAGGGUUGUUUGGACGAGUGAAUCGAGCCAGAACGUGCCUGAGCAGCGGCGCCGUGGAGGAGCGUCUACUCGAGCUCCACCUGGAGUGACGGACAAUUCUCCGUCACCGCAGACCAACACGACAUCGAAUCAAGAUGCUACGACCAGUGUUACGGUACCACCCACCACACCGUCCCUGGCCACAGAGGCCAGUUCGCAGUCCGGCAAAACAAUCCAACCAGGUGUAAAUCCGUCCGAGGCACGGAUUGCGACCGCUGGAGGAUUCACAACGGACGGUAGGGGGCGCGUUAUCGGCACCGCAGAAACACGUUCGGGACAGGCAGGUCCUUCGGAUGCUCCAGAAGGGCAGUCUCAAGAUGUAGUCGACCAACAUGCCCGCGUGGCUAGUGCCGUUCCGGCGUCACCGUCUUCUCACUCAUCCGUUUUGGGUCGGAUGAUCAACGCAUUCUUUGGUUCUUGAAUCUUGAGAAAUGGCGACGGCAAGAAUGACCAGUCACCUGCCCUCAAUAGGUUACAUGACAGUUGGUGUACAGUAUUUAUCCAAUACCGGCCUAUGUAUUAUUCAAUUAUGUCGCGCAUGUUAUGCAAAUACUU